AAGUCGAUUUUACAGUCUCUGGGCAGCAGCAGCCAAAAGACGGUGAGAAGUAAACUGAGCAGAAAAAUUGGUCCGAUUUCUUCCUCGUUGCGUGUCGUGAGAAAAAAGUAGUGCGAUUGCGAAAAGGCUGUGAAUAAAAGCGAUAGAAACUCUAGUGGAGUCUGUGCGGUGCGUGAAAAGGAUUCGCUUGCUGGGAUCCCUUCGCUAUCGAACACAAAACUACUGUCGUGCAAUCGAUCGUGGUGAAUUUCUGGCCGCAGUAGUUGGCUUCGAAACGGUACCCUCUGCUUGCGGUGAGCCAAGCGGAAGUUGGACUUUUUUCAUUUGCCUACUUGGAUCGUGGAGGACAGUGUGCUCUAUCCAGCAAAGUGGAGGUGGAUUUUUUGCAGAUUGUGAAGUGUCAGCAAAACGGAAGAUUUUCUGUGCAACUAGAGAAGGAAAAGAAAAUUGCUGUGCUGUGUUCGUGUUGUGUUUGAAAGGGGUCUUACGGCAUUGGCCAAUCUCUCCGAUUCGGUCCACGGUGUGUAAUAUGUGUGCGGAAAAGUGUGAAGUUUCCAUUCGAUAGUGGCCGAAGCGAUGACGGUGACGGAAAUGGCUACAAGAAGAUGUCUUUGUUUUGAAAAGCUCAAAACAGACAGAACCAUUUAGGAUUGAAGUGUGACGACGUUUCAUGCAUUAGUGGAAAGCAUAAUCUAAUAACGAGUUAUUAAAAAAAAAACUUAUCGUGCAUUACAGAACUCUAAUUUCAUAGAUGAAAAAUAUUCAGUGUCUAGCAAUAUCGAUGUAAAAGAAAAUUGGAUUAACCAACGCCACUACCCCAAAACACGACAAAAAGCUCACAGAAAAAUUGUCACAGAAGGAGCAGCAUGGAAAGCAGUGACUGGAAAUAGUCCAGCAGAAACCCAGGCGACAACGAACGAGAGCCAAGCCUAUGACGACUACGACGACGAAGAAAAACCAGUGAAAAUAAGUUUCUAAUAGGAAAAAGGAUUUGCUGGUGGUGCCAGCAGCAGCUGUCGAUGGUGUUAUUAUUGCUGCUGUUUGCUGAUAAUCAUGGUAUGGUGACACGCAUCGCCGAGCCGGACCAAGUGCUGAAAGUAUUUUUUCCGAGAAAGUGAGAUGUCGGCUUUCACGUCUUUACACAAUAACUGAACUGAGCACCUCCAGCGAUAGGAGUCGGAAAGAUUGAUUGGAUCGAAUCGGUGCGAAAAAGAAAAACGACGGCGGCGAGGUGUAGGCGAAAUUCAACUGGCCAAAUGCAUGCAGCCAUUGGAUUGAUCUCCGGAAUCCAGAUCACCGCGAUUGGGUGUUACAUCAACGCGACGGCGUAAUUCUCGCUGCGGAAGCGGAACACGUGGAAGAUGCAUGCUACUUAAAAUCCAUAUUCGAGUGGAUCCUAUUUGUGAUAUCUAGUUUUUAGGGAGUAUCGACUAAUGAAAUUUACCUGAAUGGGAACAUUUUAGGCAAAGGACGACGCUCAAUCAGCCAACACUCUCAUCAUCAUGACUAGCAUAACGUUCAAAACGACAACGACGACCGGGGGAGAUGCGAACGGUUGCAUCGCGACAGGGGCGUCAUCCUCGUCGUCGGCCGUGGCCCUCAUGUCGGACAAAUCGAUAACGAUGACCCCGUCGCAGCUGGCCUCGGCAACGACGGCAGCUGCUGUGGCCGCUUCCAACCUUCUGUCGACGGCGGCAGCCAAUCCGUCUAGUGCGCUGUUUGCGGCUGCUGCUGCUGCGGCGAGUAAUCCAUCGAGUGCACUGUUUGCGGUGGCACAACAACAGCAGCAGAACAACAACUAUCAGAGCAAUAGCAGUAGCAGUAGUCUGCACAAUAACGACAACAAUAGCAAUAAUAAAACGCAGUCGAGUGACAAGCUGAGUAGUGGCAGCAGUAGCAGCGGGGUUGGGAGUGGAACCAGCGGUACUGGCGAGGAAUACGAACGGGCCAAGCACAAGACGCCCCAGGAGGUGAUGAUGCUGUACAUGGACAAGCUGACCCAGUAUGAGCACCACGAGAUCUAUCAGUACCCGAAGAUUUACUUCAUCGGUGCCAUUGCCAAGAAGCGGAGGGGUACCAGCAAUUCCGAGUACGACAACGAACAAGGAUCCUAUAUUCAUAUAGCACACGAUCAUAUAGCGUACAGGUACGAGGUGUUAAAAAUAAUAGGUAAAGGUAGCUUUGGUCAGGUAGUGCGGGCGUAUGACCAUAAGAACUUCCAGCAUGUGGCGCUCAAGAUGGUCCGGAACGAGAAGCGAUUCCACCGGCAAGCCCAGGAGGAAAUUCGAAUUCUCAAACACUUACGCUCGCAGGAUCGUAUGAACUCGAUGAACAUUAUCCACAUGUAUGACUAUUUUGUAUUUCGUAAUCAUAUGUGUAUAACGUUCGAACUAUUGUACAUAAAUUUGUACGAGCUGAUCAAAAAGAACAAAUUCCAUGGCUUUAGCUUACAGCUGGUAAGAAAGUUCGCUCAUUCUCUGCUUAAGUGCUUGGAUGCACUGUAUAAGAAUAAGAUUAUCCAUUGUGAUAUGAAGCCGGAAAACGUGCUGCUGAAACAGCAGGGACGGUCCGGUAUCAAAGUGAUCGAUUUCGGCUCGUCUUGCUUCGAGCAUCAACGGGUCUACACCUACAUCCAGUCACGUUUCUACCGGGCACCAGAGGUAAUUCUUGGUGCCAAAUACGACAUGGCGAUCGAUAUGUGGUCGCUGGGUUGUAUUCUGGCGGAACUGUUCACCGGUUUCGCCCUUCUUCCUGGGGAAGACGAAGCGGAUCAGUUGGCUUGUAUUAUCGAGCUUAUCGGAAUGCCACCGAAAAAGAUCCUAGAGAACUCGAAACGAGCGAAAAACUUCAUCUCGGCCAAAGGUUAUCCACGGUAUUGCAAUGUAAAAACCUUGGAGGAUGGUACCACUGUGCUAACGGGUGGCUUUUCCCGGCGGGGAAAACUGAGAGGACCACCUGGAUCUCGUAGUUUGGUUAGAGCGCUGAAUGGGUGCGACGACCCGCUGUUUAUGAACUUCAUCGAACGUUGCCUACGGUGGGAUCCGGCGUUACGAAUGACGCCGGAAGCGGCGUUGAAUCAUUUCUGGUUCCGAAGGUUGCUGCCACCAUCGCCCAACGUUGCCACGAUCACCACCACCAGCAGUCCUUCCACAUCGAGUAACUGUCAAAAUAGCCAUAUAAAUAAGGUACUGAAUAUCGCGUACGCGGAUCAGCAAGCAUCAUCUCUAGUAACGACCUCCACCUGCAAUUCGCUGGUUGCGUCACACCACGGAAACUCCAGCUCGCUACAGUCGCUCCAGUCGGCUUCCCUUACCUCGUCGGCGAUAAGCAUUCCGGCAGUCAGCGGUGGCAUCGGGGCAGUCGGUGGGGUUAGUAUUGUCGGGAGCACCGGAACGUUAGGACGGUCCGCGGCUACCACCAUCAUCGAUAUCCCCUACAACCCCAACGACAAGAAAAGGCUACUGAAUACUUCCCCGCAGGCGGCGUCCUCGCUAACCUCCAAUCCCGGGCUGGCAACCACUUCCUUUGUAGACUAUGCAGUGGUCGUCAUCGAUUAACCAAUCACCAAGGGAAUCCUGUCGGAAUGUUCGUUCCACAACCAAAUAGUUCCCCGUUUCUCUUGUUCCAACCUGCCAAAAAUAAACAUUAAAGCAAACUCACAAAGCCCCUCUCAUCCAGGAACGAUAAAGCAGAGAAUCAAAGCCAGAUGCGUUGAGUGUUUGUGACUUCUCACACGCGCGCACCUUGGGGGACGGUAUAUUGGUUUCGGAGCACGAUGCGGGUGGUGGUAGUUAAAUCCGGCUGUCACGGAGACACACGGUUUUCGGUCGACCACACCGGGUUCAGGACACGAACCGGAAGGCCAUGCAAGCUCCCAAGGCAGUGCAUGUAAAAAUUACAAUAAACUAGGUAACGAUCUUCUGAGGGAGAGGCGAAAAAGCACGAAAAAAACACUCAUUAAUUGAUAGGUUCUGUAUGCGGUAGUAGCUCUGAGAGUAAAUCAAUUUAUACUAAACUGGAGAUAAAUUAAUUUAAUUUGCUAUUUUAGUGGAUAGGUAAAACAAUUAGCAAAAUGUGACCGACGAAAGAUGAAGAUGAAGGUUUAGACGGAAGCAAAGAGAGAGAGAGAAGGGAAACAAAAGAACGAUGAAUAAGGAAACAAAGAUCUUUUGGUAAAAACUAUAGUUGGAUUUUAAAAAAUUGACAAUUUAUAGCAAAAACUGGAUGUAGCGAUGCAGAAUAACCUUACAAUUAAAGUUCAUAUGUCUGUUGGAAGAUUAUGCAAUCAUGAGGUAAAUUUUGUAAUAGCUUGCAUAAAAAAACAUUAAUCACAAAAAUGACAAAAAUUAACAAAAAAAAACAUGCUAAAGCUGUGUGCAUAAAUGUGCGCGAGAAUCAAGGAUAAGUACGAAUUGUGACUGAACAAAGAUGAAAAUUAGGGCUUAUUGUUGUUAGAAUUAUGUAAUUGCAUGAUGCCACGCGCAGGAAGUAAGUUAGGAUUCAUUCGGAAAGUGAAGAUAUCCAGAAUUUGGCGAAAUUUCUGUCGAGUACUAAAAUAUCUCUAAUGCGCACACCGUCGACGCUGAGACUCCAGAUCUCGUAUAGGAAACUGAUUACCAAAAAAAGUCUACACGGAACCCCCUUACAGUAGUAAUUUGACUGAAUUUCGGUUUUAACUUUUUGAAUCACACAAUUUUCUAGAAAUCGAAUAAAGGCUGUUAAUGCUCUCGCACACA